CAGGCACUUUUUUACCAUGGUUUUUUACUUUUUUACCAUAACUAUUUACCUUUUGUACUAUUCCUACCAAAUCCUAUAAAAUAUAAAACUCAACAUUCAAAGUGAAAAAUUUCAGAUAUUCAACAAUUUUUGCGAUGGAUCCAAACAACUUAGACCCGAAUGAAGUAUACAUAGAUGUGGAUGAAGAUAUUGAAACAUUCGAGCUACAUGAUUUCAGUGAAUUUUUCACAAUUUCGACUGCAUUUGAUAGUAAAGAUGCACUAGUCGAGUGGGCGAUGAAUAUGGCCAUCAGUCAUGGACAUGAGAUUAGGCGACAGUCUUACCACGAGGGCCGACAAUAUUUGACUUGCAAAAGAGCCUAUAAGAGUCGAGGAAAAAAUGCAGAGGUCGAAACAAGCCGGAAGUCCGGUUCAAUAAAGUGUAAAUGCCCUUUUGCGCUAUGGGGUAAAGAGGGUCGUGAUGGAUUAUGGCGCCUUACCAUCAAAAAUGGCAAGCACAAUCAUAAUCCUCAUAAAUAUCCACAAGGACUACGUUCGCUAAGUCGCCUGACUGAAGAGCAACGAGAAGUGACAAAGAUACUGAAAAAGAGCCAUGUGAAGCCGAAGGAAAUUUUGCAUCAUCUGAGGCAGAUGAAUCCGGAUACGGCUGCGUCCUUGAGAGAAGUGUACAAUGAAUCACAGAAAAUUAGACGAGAGGAAAUGAAAGGAAAAACAGUUAUACAACAUCUGUGGCACGAACUAGUGUGA